GCACUAGCACAGCUGGUACCAAUUCUUACGGAAACACUAGCCAAGCAAGGUGAUUCGGACGACGAUGACGAUUGGAAUCCGGCAAAAGCUGCCGGUGUAUGUAUAAUGCUUUUGGCGCAAUGCACUGGAGAUUCUAUCGUUGAUCACAUCUGUCCUUUCAUCGAUAAAAACCUGCAAAAUCCUAAUUGGAGAUAUCGUGAAGCAUCGAUAAUGGCAUUCGGUUCGAUACUGGACGGGCCGAAUGUUGUCAUGUUAACACGACUUGUUGAGUCCGGAUUGUUUCAGAUUAUUGCUUCAUUAUCCGAUCCUCAGAUGAUGGCAUGA